GCGCUUUACUACUGCUUCCUAGUAGAUAGGUUAAAUUUUGUUUAAUAAACAAAAACAUCACCGAACGUUAGCUUUGCUAACGCGGGGGAAGCAUUUAUCCGCUGCACAUUUCCUGUUUCCUAGCAACGAGGGCAAUGUGGAGUGGAGGAAAAAAUAGGAAGUUUCCAUAGUAUACAAUAACGUUUAUUAAUUAAUGAAUGAAAACCACAUCUCCCGGACUCGUAAUUGAGUCGGCAGUUUGCAUGGAAUGCCUACUUGUCCUCAACCCAAGUAACCCGCCUUCUAAUUGAACACAACUGGUUUUCUUCAUCUUCUGGGCACUCAGUGAACCUUGUUGUAAAGAAUUUCCUCAUUUUCCCUCCGACAUUAAAGACUUCUAAUGCAUUUUCAGCCUGCAUAUUCACACAGCCUCUGCUUGCUGCCGUUAUUUGAAUUCUUUUGUAAUGGCUAUGCAAGACCCUGGCAGAGCAACAGGAUUUCCUUGCAAACAGUGCAACGUGGUAUGUUCCAGUUUGCCAAGUCUGAUAGACCACAUGGACAUUCACAUUCAGCAAGAGGAAGAACGCAAAUUUAAGUGUGACGAAUGUGGGCGUGGCUAUCGACAUGCUGGUAGCCUGGCUAAUCACAAAAAGACCCAUGAUGUUGGUUUGUUUCAGUGUAACAUAUGUGGGAAAGAAAAUUCUAACGCUUUGGCCCUGAAGAGUCAUAUCCGGAGCCACACAUCACCGAAAAAAUACUCGUGUGUGGAAUGCGGGAAAGCUUUUCGCCUGGCGACACAGCUGGCUACACAUGAGAGGGUUCAUUUCGCCAGGCGAGCAAAGCAGGAGUCGUAUCGGAAGGUAGAUGUGGAGUUCGUUGCAAAUGAAAGUGAAAGUGACCGCAAUAAUCAUUUAGUUGAGCAGCCUGAGGAUGGGAUAUCCUCUAAAAAUAGCCCAGGUGUGGCUACACCGAAUGCCUACAAAGCACAACAUGAGACCUCUGAGGAUGCAUCUAAUCGACCUUUCAGGUGUGAUUUGUGCGACAAAUCAUAUAUUCAUCAUCGAAGCCUGGCCAAUCAUAAAAAGACUCACCAAGUAGGAACGUUUGAGUGCAGCGUUUGUCUGAAGGUCUUCAAUAACUUGGCUGCUCUUUACAGCCACCAGAGAUCACACAAGACAAAAAGUGUGACAGACCCUGCUGAGACUGGUCAGUUAUCAACAGGACCAACACUGGACCAGUUUGCCCCUCCCAGCCGGGAUGGCGCUGUAAAUUUUUGCCAUUUGUGUCAAGUACUAUUCCCCAGUGAUGGGGAGUUUCAGGAACACAUUCACAUGCACAACUCAUCAUCUGCAUCAUUCGGGCUUCACAAAGUCUUGUCGGACAACCAGAAUCUGUCAUACGAUAACAACAUUGCUUCACCUGGGACGAAUCUUUAUGCAUCUCCUGUGAAUAGUGUGUCUUCAGCGUUGUCAGUGAAUAAUCAUGUUGGAUUUGAUGAGCAACAGGAGCAGAUAAUAAACGGCCACAUGUACUCAGACUGUAAUCAAACGCUAUCUUGCAAUAACACUCAGGGAGAGCUCAAACUUUUUGACACAAACAUUGCCAGUCCACAAAAUACUAACAGUGCAACUGCAAUGGAAGAAACUUCAGCUGUAGAUUCUGAUGAGCGCCCCUUCAAGUGUCAGAUCUGUGGUAAAACCUACCGGCAUUCGGGGAGCCUCAUCAACCACAAAAGGUCACAUCAGGUCGGGAUUUACCAGUGUUCCGUCUGCAGGAAGAGUUACCCUCACCUAGCUGCCCUUAAAAGUCAUCUUCGCCUCCACAAAGGCCAGCGGUCUCUUAGCCGCGGCACAGCUGGAGACUGGCUCUCCCCAGAGCCUCUAACGCUGGAAAAUCAGCAGCACUGCUUCUCCUCACAAGAAGAGAAUGUCAGUCACCCUCCAAUUGGCAUCGAUCAAGAAAAUAGUGUUGGGCGCAGCAACGAAGCAAUGUACCCAGAGCACUUUAGUCAGGACUUCUUGCAGGAUACGACUGUGCAUCUACCUCAUAACGAACACAUGAUGCAGAGGCACAUGUGUGCAGACUGUGGGGAGACUUUUGCAGACAUCGCAGGGAUUAAGUCUCACAGUUGCCCACUGCUGCAACAUCAGCAAAACUCUAUGAGCAGUCCCUAUGACAGCAUAAACCUCCAAGGUAGCAGUGGUUGCUGCCCUAAUGGGAAUCCCAUGAGUGAUGUGGGGUUCACUAGCCUGAAUGGUCAAGACCAGAAUUACUUUGAGCAGGAUUUUCAAGGAAACAUGAGUACAGCUGAGCUGAGCAGCAGCAGAGAUGGUACUAAUGCUGAGGAGGAUGAGGAUGAUGGAGAUCUUUACCAGUGUUCUAUAUGUGGAAACAGCUACACCAACAUGAGGUCCCUCAGGAGCCAUCUACGAGGGCACACACAGACACGUGAUGCUCCCGUAAGUUCAGGCCCUUCUUCCUUAUCCUCCCAUGAAGACGUGAAAGAUGAUGACACCGGAGAGAUGAUGAUCUGCAGUACUUGUGGGGAGAGUUUUGCCAGUAGGCAGGACCUAAUUGCUCAUCAGCUCCUGCACAACCAGGACCAGGUCAGUGAUGUUAGCCGCCCACACAUGAGCAACGGCGAUGGGUAUGAAGGCAAGGAGGAGCCGCAGAGUAUCAUCUGUGGCAGCUGCGGCAUCUUUUGUACCAGCUACCAUCAUCUUGAGAAUCACGGUUGUACAGCUGAGAGAGAAAAUGAGCCAUCACAGAGCAAAGAGGAAUUGAAAGUAAAUGAUGUUACUCAACAUGAAGAAGAAGAAGGGAGCAGUGGCGCUGAAGCUCGUCAGUUCAAGUGUGACCAGUGCGGGCGGUCUUACAGACACGCUGGCUCCCUACUCAACCACAAAAAGUCUCACAAAACAGGUGUCUUUAGAUGCCUCGUAUGCCAGAAACGCUUCUACAAUCUGUUGGCACUUAAGAACCACCAGAGGUCGCACUUUGAUAUUAAGAGGCAUACUUGCCAUGAGUGUGGGAAAGCCUUCAAAAUUCAAAAGCAGCUGUCGAUCCACCUGAGAAGGCACAAGGAAAACCAGGCCAAAAUCCAGGAACUCAAUAACCAGAUCCAGGCCCUCAUGCAGAUGAAUGGAACCAGCUUAGAUGGAAAACUGCAGUCCUCAAUUAUAAACAGCAAACGGGCCUCCAGUUCUGUUCGACAAUGCAAGCGAGUUCCUGAAGGGAAGACAGAUCCAACGAAGUCUGAGACAACAGUCAAAGCAGAGGACGCAGGUGACCACCGCCCUUUUGCCUGUGACCAAUGUGGGCGCACAUAUCGGCACGCAGGAAGUCUGGUCAACCACAGAAAUUCCCAUAAAACCGGUGAUUACUGCUGUUCUGUAUGUAACAACACUUAUUCUAAUCAACUCGCCAUGAAGAACCAUUUGCGAACCCACACGGCAUAUAAAAAGCACUGCUGCCAAAAGUGUGGCAAAGGCUUCAGAGGAAAGAAGCAGCUGUUAGCUCAUAGCUGCCUAGACCCCAGAAAGGACGGCACCGGAGGCAGGAGGAGUCUGCGAUCUAGAUCUUUUAAGUGCAAAAAGUGCCACCAAACUUUUCUGUCUGUUGACCAACUGGGCACCCACGCGUGUGACACACAUUCGCACAGCGACCACACACAAGCAAAUACAUCGCCGAAUGAAGAUGAACGGCCUUUCACAUGUAACAUAUGUAAUCGUAGCUACCGCCACGCUGGCAGCCUCCUGAAUCACAAAAACACACAUAAGACAGGACACUUCAGUUGCACCUUCUGCUCCAAGCCCUUUACAAACCCCAUGGCUUUACGCAAUCACACACGUAUCCACACGCAGAAGAAAAAGUACGUGUGUCUCACAUGCGGCAAGGCCUUCCGCCUGGCCAGCAUCCUGCACAACCACCAGAAGAUCCACAACCGUGUGGCAAGCCACUUCAGCUGCCCUGCAUGUGGGAAGAGCUUCCAGGGCCGGUCCGGCCUGAAGAGGCAUCGCUGCCACAGGGGGCGAAAUGAUGCAGCAAAGUCGGAUGUCCACCGAUCAGAGAGGGGAGACAGGUGCUUCAUGUGUGAUCUGUGUGGGCGCUCCUACCGUCACGCCGGCUCCCUCCUCAACCAUAAACAGACCCACUCCGAAAACCUCCACCACUGUACGUUGUGUCUCCAGACAUUUCCUGAUCUUCUCACGCUGCAGAUACACUCCCAAAUGAGGCGCCACUGCUGUCCCGAGUGCGGCAAGACCUUCUGCCUGAUCGCACACCUGCAGAGCCACAUGGAGGUGCACUCAAAGGACCACCGGGCUGUGGUCUGCAGCCUCUGCCAGCAGAGCUUCCCCAACACGGCCAGCUACCGUCAGCACCACGAUACGCACCACAGCUCUGACGCCGACUGUCAGCAAGGUGGGAAUAGGCAUAUAAAUAACGCCUGCUGGGACACGGGAAUCAGUCAGACCUUGGAGAUGGAUGGAAUGAGUAAACCAAUCCCACCUCCUUUGUCCCACCUUCCAAGCGCCAUCACGAACUCACAGAAGAACGAGGACUCUGCCGGCACAGACGAGAAGAGCCACGUGUGCGAGCACUGCGGCCGCACUUACCGGCACGCCGGCUCCCUGCUCAACCACAAGAACAGCCACAAGAUGGGCUCCUUCUUCUGCUCCGUGUGCCAGAAAGAAUUCACCAACCUGAUGGCUCUCAAGAACCACCGGCGCAUCCACACAGAGCCUAAACGUUACCAGUGCCAGGAGUGCGGAAAGGCAUUCCGCGUUUCCACUCAGCUCAUAUGCCACCGACGAAUCCACACCAAAGAGAAGCCGUUUUCCUGCCUGCUGUGUGACAAGAGCUUUUCCAGCAAGUCUAACCUGCGGCACCAUCAAAGGAUGCACCAGAACACACAGUCAUACGGCUCCUCUUUUAGCAUGGACGCUAAUAGUUUUAUGGACUUGGACAUGGGCUCGUUCCUUUGAGGAUUUUACUGACCUUUUUUUUUUUUUUUUUUUUUUUUGUACAACUGUACUGUAUUCGUCUUUGCCGACAGAAGCUCUUGAAAACCUGCACAUCUGACUGCUGACUUCCAGUCUUACCUCUACAACAGAUGGCGGCGUCUUUGAAAGUUCUCCAGAAGGUUUAUUGGUCAGAAUGGCGAAUGUUUGUCACGGAGUACACAAUUCAGGAUGACUGUUCAAAACGUGAAAGAGCUCAGUCGCCGCUAAUUCCUCAACGACCAUUCAACCAACCAAAGUGACCAGAGAACUGCAGCCCAGAACCUUCUCGUUUCUUUGGUUCUCCAGUGAUAUCUUCUGUCCAUUGAGUCAGGUGCCUCUGUACGCUCAUCACACAGCCUGUAUUCAACUUCACAUGCGGUUACAGGAACCGGUGAAGCUUCACGUCAUAUUCAGAUACCUCUGUUUGUACCCAGAAUUUAGCAGCAGGAUCAUUUAUCAACUGAAUAGUUGUAACCUUAAUGCUCAAGUUCUUCACACUGUAUGUUGAAGUGGGUGCAUUUAAUAGAAGAAUCCACUUUAUUUCAUGUGCAUAUCUUUCAUAGAGAACAUUUUUUUCUGAAUGUUGCAAAAAAAAAAAAAAAACUGAUUUCUAAAAAGUUAUGUAGCCUGUAAAGACAUUCAUCAGUCGAUUUGUGAAUCUACAGUUGCCACCCUCAGAAAGGAAUGUACCAGAUGUGUUU